ACGCUCGACAUCGCCAACCAUUCGGAAAAAAUCUCUUCACUUGUUUUUCUUUCGUAUCAAUAGGUCAGAGUGUGACAGUCCUGUAAGCGCUCGGCCCGCCCCCUUUUUGUUUUGUUUUGUUUUUUUUGUUCUCCGGCUCAUGAAUAUUAAGCAGAUGGAGGAAGCCUCUUAAGAACGGCCCCUUGCACCAACGCGGCCAAGUUCGACAUUAAGUGAAAGAGCAACAUUUCCCUGCGCUUUCAUCAGCCUCUCUUCUGGUCCGGCGAGUGGAGGAGCCGCUGCGAUCGGCACAGGAACUCGCCCUCCAUCUUUUUGUAUUCAUUUCUUCCUCUUCUGUUUUUUGUUGUUGUUGUUGUUGUUGCUCUUCCUGAAAUGAAGAUGGCUUUGAGGGGAUCUUUAUUUCGCCUUCUCACAACUCAAGUGGGCCACAGCUGCCAACAAAGCAGGGCUCAGUCCGUGGCGGUGCUCGGAGCCCCGUUCUCCAGAGGACAGAAAAGGAGAGGCGUGGAGCACGGGCCGAAGGUGAUCAGGGACGCCGGGCUCAUCGACAGGCUCUCCGGGUUAGACUACUCGGUCCACGACUUCGGCGACCUCAACUUCCACCACCCGGAGAAGGAUGAGCCGUACAUGGAUGUGAAGUUCCCUCGCACGGUGGGCUCCGCGAACAAGAUGCUGUCCGGCGCGGCGAGCAGGGCCAUCGGCGCCGGGCACACCCUCGUCAUGCUCGGAGGCGACCACAGCCUGGCCAUCGGAUCAGUGAGUGGCCACGCCCAGCAGUGUCCCGACCUGUGCGUCAUCUGGGUCGACGCGCACGCGGACAUAAACACGCCCACGACGUCUCCGUCGGGAAACCUCCACGGGCAGCCUGUGGCGUUCAUGCUCAAAGAGCUCCAAGACAAGAUGCCAGCCAUCCCGGGGUUCUCCUGGACGAAGCCCUUCCUCUCCUCGAGGGACCUGGUCUACAUCGGUCUGCGGGACGUCGACCCCGGCGAGCGCCACAUCCUGAAGGACCUGGGCAUCCAGUACUUCACCAUGAGGGAUAUUGACAGACUGGGCAUCCAGAGGGUGAUGGAGGUCACUUUAGACCAUCUUAUGGCAAGAAAACAGCGGCCGAUCCACUUGAGCUUUGACAUCGACGCCUUCGACCCGUCUCUCGCCCCCGCCACCGGGACGCCAGUGAACGGAGGUCUGACCUACAGGGAGGGGAUGUUCAUCACAGAGGAGAUCCAUAACACAGGCCUGCUGUCGGCCAUGGACCUGGUGGAAGUGAACCCCAUGCUGGGGGCCAACCGGGAGGCCGUGGAGGCCACCGCCUCCCUAGCGGUGGACGUCAUCGCGUCGUCCCUCGGACAGACGAGAGAAGGGUCCCAGGUGUCCAUCGACGAGAUUCCGUCUGCGAAGGACGACACGGAGCAGCUCCGCAUCUGAGGGGGGGGGGGGCGCGACGCGAAAGCUGACGAACUUCACCACUGUCAUCCCUGAGCAUUCCGCAGUCUUUAAUUCAGGACUUGCAAAAGACUGAUUCUAAUAGUAGCUCAAACUUUCUUUUUUUUUGGUUCCCAUCUCUUUUGAUGUUUAUAGUUAGUGUUUAACCAUGAAGAGGAAAAAAAAAUCUGUCUGGAUUUAUGAAACCAGUGAGAAGGCUUUACUGAGGAGAGAGGAAGUUUACAUACAUUAAAGGGGCAGUGAGCGAAUUUUAAUCCAAUACGCUCAGCAAAUAUUUAUUACAUAGCUGUCGGUUUCUGUGUGAUUGUUUUGUUAUCCCGACGCAGUUCAGGCUCUGUAAAUUGAAAACAAAAAAAAUGGUGCAGUUUGUUAACAUCACUUCCCGACACCUGCAGGUCCGAGCAUCCUUCUCCAAAAUCGCUAACUGCCCCUUUAAUGCUUAGACGAGAAAAGACUUUGACAGAUAUUUAGCAAACACUACUCUCAUUGGUGGGACUACCACUCACUUAUACUAACUUAUUUUGGUAUGUACUGUAAUAAGUUAAGUAUUUUAGAAGACACAGCUGCCACACGUUUGGUUUGCGGUUGGUUUACAAGACGAUGAACCUGCCUCAGAGGCAAGACGAAUCACAGACUCUCAUUUGAAGUCUGCAACAUGGACAUUUUUGUGGCUGUGCCAGUUAGUUAAAAAAAAAUAGUAAUAAUGUGUUUGCACUUUAGGACCAGGUGUGGUUACUGUAUUCUUUUUCUUUAGACAUUUUCUAUUUACACAAUGAACCUACCAGUACAGUAACAUGUACCAGAAUUACUGUAUGUAUGAAUAUUUACUGACAACAACAGUGUUAAUUGGUUUGAAAAAAAUGUAAUAUGCAGUUGUGCUCACAAAUGCUGUCCAACAAAUAUAUAUAUAUAUAUAUAUUAUUUGCAAAAAAACCUGCUUGAUUUGAUUGAAUGACUGAUCCAUCCAGACUGGAUGACUUGUCCUUGUAACAGAGUUUAUAUUUUGUUCUCCCAUAAACAUGAUUGCAUUUUU